AUGAAAUUUCUUCUACUGUUUCUCUUGUUGUCACUUAUUCUAUUAACCCAUGCACAACGAAGGACAACUGCAAAAUCCGUCACAGAACCUGAAUCGCCCAAACCGCCUUCCAGGGGCCGGGGCCGGUCCAGGUUCGUCGCAUCCCCGGAGUAUUCUCAACUGAGAGACUCCUCUUCGACCACCGAACUCCCUUCCAGAAAGACCAUCGCUUCGCGACGAAGAGUAGUCGAAAAUGUCGAGCCGAAAUUCGCAUCUAGAGCAUCCGUUGCCCCGAAAUCGAUUCCCAGUAGAAGGCCCGCCUCAUCCUUAGCGGAGACGGCCGAUAAAAUAUUUCUGAACGAUAAUGUCGAGAGAAAACCAGCGAGAGCUGGUUUUUCUAGCAGAACACCUACUAGGACGGUCAAUAAAAAACAGAAACCGAGCUACGAGGUAGAGGAAAUCAUCACCGACGAUCCGGACCCUUUCAAAAAAUCCAAAAAACCCAGAGUGUACACAGAAACAAAUUUUAACUACCCCAAACGCACCGCAGAAGUCACGGAAUCUUCUAUAUCAUCACCCGAAUCUCCAUCAUCGACAAAUCUAGUCGACGAGCAACCAGACUCAACCCUAAAACCCGAACCCGAAGCACCCAUAGACACUCUAACUCCAACGGAAAUCCAAUCAGAAGAUAUCCAAAAAACCUCCACAACGCGACCCAAAACACCGGAACCCACCAGACAGCAGAGCCUCAACCGAAGGAAGGUGCUCAGGAAGAAACCCCAAGAACCACCUGCACCCGUCUCUACCACCACAAGAACCAGAACCAGAACCAGACCAACGCAACGACCGGAUUAUUACUUCCAAUCAGUCUCCACCUCGGUGCCGUCCAGCGCUUUCAGAAGAAGAGUCGAUAACUUAUUCGCCUCCAUCGAACCCAGAACAGGUCCGUCAGUCUUCAACGCCGAUUCCACGGUAGAAUACCGUUCGAGGACGGGUAGAAAAAUCGACGCGUCGCCCGACAGAGUGACGCUGCCGAUACCGGGCCGAGGCCGGCGCGUCACGACGCCCCGCGGCGUCGAAACGACGGCGGCGGCCCGAUCGAGGGGCGGCAGGUUCCGGCAGCGAGAGAUGCCGGCGUUCGACGAGAGGAAGCUGGAGGUGCUGCCGCUGUUCGAAGAAGAGCCCAAGGUGGUUUAUCGCGAGAAACCCUCCGGAGUUGCAACCGCCGAAAUCGUUACUAAGACGUUCAAACCGCAGAUAAGGGAAUCGGUGGUGUCGGAAGUGAACGAAGUGACUUCUAGAAGGAAAGUACCCAGGAAGAAGAUAAUCAAGCAAAAAGUUGCGCCCGGUUCUAGGGGUACUAAGAAAUCGGAGGUGAAGUUGGAGAAGAAGCAAAGCAGCGAGGAAAUCGAUGAAACCGAUAACUAUCCGGAGGAGUUUAAAGCGCUGAUCAAAGCUAAGAAGGAACACAAGAAACCUACUAGCACUGUGGCGACUCCGACCACGCGUUCUGGCUCGGUUAAACAGAACGAUAACAAAUUAAUUCCUUCUUCUACAACGACGAGGCGACCACCGAGUACCACCACCAGCAUCUCUUUUUCGAGCAAAGUACCAGCAAGAGCCUCAACUUCCCUACCUGUUGUACCCAAGGGUAGCAAAUAUUUCUCCAGAAGCAACAACUCCAUUUCCAAACCGGAAAGGAGUUAUCCGUACAAACCAACGAACAGAGGACGAAGUACCUUUAGUACCAAACACCCGGACACCAAUCGCUCGUCUACAAAGGCUUUCAAAAAGUACCGAGGCGGUACCACGACGAACGCCCCCAGGUACGUACCGACGAUUCCAUCGGCGCCGUACGUGCCCACGGUACCCGUCGUCGGCAGGCCCGGUGGGGUCGCUAGGAGAGCCUACCACCAGGAGGACAUUGCAGGACUCCAGGUGAUAUCGAUCGAUGAGCCUGUGCCUGUGCACGCUAUACGCUCUGCGAACCUAGUAUCUGAGGAUUACCAAAAUUCUUCUUCUUCGAUCCCAAAACCUCUACCGUUGGUGAGCGACGGUACCACCGAAAAACCGGCGUCGAUUAUCGAAAGGAUCAUUAAUUCGAUAACAGCUAGAUCGACUGUAUCGCCCUCGGUGGAUGCCGUGACUAAAAUCACGGCAUCUACCACCGAAUCCCCGUCGGCUAUAUUAAAACUGGCCCCGAAACGACAAAUUGACAGUACUGACGAGACGCGACAGCAGACGAACCUUGUUGAUUCGAUAGUACCGACUACCGAAAACCCGACUACUAUAAUAGAGAAGAUUCUGAGCAGCUUGAACGCCAUACAAGCCACUGAUAUUGCCGGUGUUCAAGUAGGUACCGAUUUUAAUACGUUGAGCUCUUUCACUACCACGCCUUUGCCUAGUGUGACUAAGUCUUCCACCGGAUCACUUCUUGCACUCGACAGCACUUCAGUCGUUCCGCUUAGUAUAUUAGAUGAGAUUGAUCCCGAGGAUAUAUUGCAGAAGCAAACCAUCGGUAGAUUGUUGGAUUUGUUGAACGGAUUAGUUUCCACUCGGCGGACUGACGAAGUCGUUGUCACGCCUGUAAAUUACGGUACUUUUUCUUCCGAUUCCACUAUUUCUUCCGCACCUUCUACUAUCUCUCUAUCUACCAUCACUGCUACUCCUGAGGUUCUUUCUACUGUCGAAUCCACCACUUCCACUGCACCAUCAACAACAACUGAGGAUUUUGUAAAUAAUUUAACUACUCUUGGUACCGAAUCGACUACUAUCAGUUCUGAAUCCACUACUCUCAGUACUGAAUCGACUACUCUCAGUACUGAAUCGCCUACUCUCAGUACUCGAAGCGACCACUUCAUUUCCUAGUACGACCGAAGUCGGUAUAAACAGUACCGAAGGAAUAAAUUUCUUCACUCUAUUCUCCACUUUACCGUCCUUGCGAAAAUUCGAAGUGACUCCCGGAAGUGUUUCUGUAUUUUCCGCUAACGAUCUAUCUAACUCAAUAACCUCCGAAGAUUACUUAUCUAGUACCACGGUAAAUAUACCAAGUAGAACUACCGCACAAAGUACCACUACCGAAGCCGAAACCGUAACCGCUCAAACGACGACAAGUAGUGGUCCUAUGCAAGGUAGCAGUAGAAUUAGUAGUAGUAGUACCAGUACUCCCCUAAUUGUAAAUAACAUCGCGACUAAUGUUAGUGUCGAUACUUCAACACCUGACUAUUUCGUGUUCGCCGUACUUAAUAAUAACACAGUGUUACGCAAACGGCCGAUAGUACCGAAGGCUCCGUUCUUCGUUAUCGGCGUGUACCCGAACAACACCGUCGUCAAAAAAUACCCGAACGGAACCGUGGUUCCCAUGGAAAUGACCAUUAGGGUAAGGGGAUUCGAUACACGUGAAAACCCCCCGCCUUUGCCAGUUAUAACCAGUAACCAAGUAACAAGCGAAUCCGGAAGUACUGUGGAUAAUAAAAUUGUCGAAACGGACGAGCAGAACACAAUACCUACGGGUACAAAACCGCUUAGUACUACACCCACUUCUGCACAAUUUAUAUCUACUUCUACUUCACCAAACACUAUAAGCACUAGCAGUACUAGCGAAGCUACGGUAACAACAGAAAGCAGCACCGCGAGCGGUACUGCCACGGAAAGGACGCUCCCGAUGCUAUAUGAUCUGUUAAACGGGAAUAUAGUCGAAGCUUUUAACGAGAUCGUUAAUAAAACAGAAAAUGCUAACCCCGAAUCGGUAAAGUACACUCAGGUAUUGAAUAUCCAAGAUUUAAUUAAGGGUGGAAGGCAAGACGAAAAUUACACCAGACGAUCCUCAAUAGACAAGAUCGAUUCCACUACAACACAAAGUACUACAACUACAUCCGCUACAACAUUGAUUUCGACUGUUGAAACUCCAUCGACGAAGGUUGAAACUACCACAGACAUUCUAUUAUCGAACAGAAUAUUGGACGAUACCAGUACAACCAGCACUACCAUCAAACCGACUAAAGGUAGAAGAUUAACCAGUACUCCGAUUCCAAUAUCGACGACGACUUAUUUCCCGGCGUUCAUAACCACACUUUUCCCCAAUUUGUUCGAAGUAACUACCCCCAAAACGACCAAGAAACCACAAGGGCUCGUCAGAAUUUCCGCUCCACCCACCGUCACAGAGACCAUGCUAGUCGCAUCUUCUACCACAAAUCCUACUACAAUUAAAUUGGCUAGUACUACAACCCCCAAACCAAUCCCUACUACUACAAAGCGCGUAACUAGACUUACCACUACUAGGCCUACGACUACUAGACCUACGACUACUACCAGACCUACUACUACAACUACUACUAGACCUACUACUACUACUACUACUAGACCUACUACUACUACCAGACGUACUACUACUACUAGACUAACUAGAUCCACUACGACUACGAGUAGACCUUCUUCUACUACAACUAGGUCCACGACUGCUAGACCAGCAGCAGUUGCGACUAGUACGAAGAGAAGUGUUGAUAGAGCGGGAUCGACGACGCAAAGGACGUUGAAAUUAAACGAAUUGACGAAGGAGCAAAGGGAUAAUUUAAAGAUGAUCGCUCAGUUGGAGAAAGAACAAGCUCAACUUUUGCAGCAAUUGUCGUUAUUAACGAAUUUGGGACUCGGCGGUAAUAGAGGUGCAAAAUCGUCGAAUAAAAAUCCCAACAAAAGUCUAGCGGAAAGGAUUGUGGCUUUGGCUCAGGAAAGAGGUAAAGCUUCUACUGCAUCCAGUCCGGUUGAUAUUACUCAACCACCCAAGUCGAUUCAAGAUAAAUUGCCCAACGUCGAAACGACCAAUUCGCCCAAUCGUGCGUCUAGUAUCAACGACGUCCUCAAACAGCUCAAUCUAAAUAAUGUAGCCACGACCCCGAGCAAACCAACCACAAUUAGAUCAGAAGAUGCCAUACUGAAUUCCCUAUUAAAAGAACAGGGAAUUUUACCCCCGACGCCGAAGAGUUUAGCAGGAAUUUACGAGGAAACCACAAUCAGAGCAAGAACUCGAACCACAACACCUCAACCAGGACCUCUCAUGAGAGGCUUGAAUUGGUUGAUGAACGCUUUGGCGCCAACUACACCUGCCCCCAGAAAACCCGCCAGGAAACCAACGAAACCCAAGAAACCCCCAGUAGACCUCGAGCUACUGGCCAACUCACCGACGCACGUCACACCCGUGGUCACCCCAGCUCCUUCCAAAGUAGCCAACGCCCUCAGCCAAGACGACAUCAAAAAGCUGAUCAACCAACUGGAAGGCAUCCGGAAGAACCCGAAAGAAACCCUGGACCUCUCCCAAAUCAAGAGCAUCCAAAGCUUGAUAAACCUAGACGACGAAGGCGUUGUGGUAAUGACCAACGGCGAGCACGGCACCACUGCUCGAAGACCGCCGACAUCCUCGCCUAAAAUCAGACAAACCACCGAGCGGCAACCCAGGAUAUUGUCCACGAGCCCGGAUAAUAGUCUGGACGAGUUCGAGUUCGAGUCCACCACUCGGGCCGCGAGAGCGCCGAUCGGAUUCCGGCCCGUUCCGGGCGUCGACGACAACCCGGAUUCUCUUGUCAGGAGUAACUUGAUCACUGCCGCUGUUAACGUCACCAAAGCCAUUUCCGGAUUCCUCGGAACAGCCUUGCAGGGAGCCGCUUCUUCGUUUUCGUCGUUGUUCGGAGGAUCGACGCUGGGGACGAGGCUUUUGGGAAACGCCGCUGUGGGUUCGUCGGCCGGUUGA